AUGUCGCCUAAUAAUGAUAACAAUAAUAUCAAUGAUUAUAAUGUAAUCAAUUCCUACACUAUACUUUAUCAUAAUGAAUCAUUGAAAUGGAAAGGGAAAAAAAAUUUUAUAGAAUUAGCGCUUUUGGAAUGGUCAUCUGGUAUUCGAAUAUUCUCCUGCACUGAUGUACCAUUGGAAAUUUUUGUGGAACCAUUUAAACAAGCAUUAAUACGAUCAUUAAACAAAUUUUGCAGAAAUGCAACAGCAUGUCGUCUUGUUAAAUCAGUCUUCAAUACCCAAACAUGCGUGGAGGCUCUGCAUAUGUUCCCUCUUGCCGUCGAGUGUUUCGGUGGCUAUGUGGGUAGCCUUGGAGUUUGGGUGAGAGAAGAGCAAGAAGAAUCUAAGGCUCUGAUCCUGAUAGGUUUG